UUCUAGAAUUUCUAAAAAAAUAGUUCCAACACACUAAUAUGGUAACGCUUUGUAACUAGGAAUUCAAAUACCUUAUGACAUGUUAAUUUCUAGCAUUUAGCGCCUCAUAUAAUUUUUUCCCAUUUUAUAAAAUGUCAUUUUUACAUUUUCAUACAAAUUAAAAAUUAACUAAAAUAUUCCACACGGUGUUUCAAAAACAAAAACUAAAAAAUAUAUAUAUUUUUUUAAUGAAAUGUUAAAUUUAUUGAUCGUCGUAGGGAAAAGAAUAGUUAUUUACAAAUAGAAAAGAAUAAUUAUUUACAAAAAUACUAAAAUAUUUCACACAAAUUAAAAAUGAUUAUAGUUGAUACAAAUGUCAUGUAUACAUAUAUUUAAAAUUAAUUUUACAUCCUUAAACCUCAUACAAUGUACUAUAUCUUAUGAAAUUUAGAAACAAAUCCACAUUUCUGGAGUCUAGGCUACUGGUCAAAGAGUCAUUGGAUAUGUCGAAAUUUUGUUUUUCAGGUAUAUACAAAGGUUUAGAUAUAAUAUGAAACAUUAAUUAUAGUGUCGGCAAAGGAAACACCAAUCAUAUUCAUACGCAUACAUUCAUGUACUAGUUCUUAACUGUAUAUCUUAAAAAGCACAUAAAUUAUAUCUAGUGGUAUUUAAUUAUUAUUUUGUUUAUUAAUUAUUUUGAUACUUGUCCAUCACCUAAGUGCAUGUGCGUAGUUAGAUGUUACUUAUGUAUCAUGCAUGAUCAAUAUGUAUUUUCAUGCUAAAGAAUAUUGAUCAUUUAUUUAUACAGAUAUAAUAUCUUAUUUCUUUCCAUUUUGUUCAAAUCUAAACGCGUAAGUUGCAUUUCCUCAGAAUUUGUUUAAUUACUUAGCUUUAGCCUUUGUUUGUCUCAUGGUCGGUAUAUAUAGGUAUUGGUAAGAUGCUUAGGCCAUCGAUAUCAUCACUCACGAUUUCGUAUUACUUUGGCAUCUCUCAAAUCAACAGGUCACGCAUAUUUCUUUUUAAAUAUCUUCUUCUUUCAUUUUCCUUUCAAGAAACUUUCUAUUAACUUCUUCGGAAUUUACAAUAUCAUUACAAUGAUCACUAUUGCUAAUUUCAUAUGACGUCCUCUGUAUAAUGAAACUAUCAAUAUAUAAUAUUAUGUUUUAAGCAUCUAAAUAAAGUACUCUGUGCAAUGUUUCUUCAAAUCGUGUUUGCAGGUAAAACAAUGUUGCUUCUAGUUCUGGUUGUCGGUUUAAUAUGCUAUCAUGUCUACAAAUCCAUAAAACCACCGCCACCAAUCCCGCUGCCAGAGAAUGUUUCUGAGAUAUGUCCAAGAGUUAAGCUCAAUGAUGGGAGAUAUUUAGCCUACAGAGAAUUAGGGUUUCCAAAAGAUAAAGCCAAAAAUAAAAUAAUCAUUCUCCAUGGUUUUGGAAGUUCAAAGUUAGUAGAUUUAAAAAUCACACAGGAAAUGAUUGAUGAAUUCGAGAUAUACUUCUUGCUCUUCGAUAGAGCUGGUUAUGGAGAAAGCGAUGCUCAUCCAUCACGAACGGUAAAAACGGAUACAUACGAUAUCGAAGAACUCGCCGACAAAUUGCAAAUUGGUCCGAAGUUCCAUGUCUUAGGAAUGUCACUCGGGGCUUAUCCAGUUUACGGCUGUCUCAAAUACAUCCCGCAUAGGUUAAGUGGAGCAACGUUGGUGGUUCCGUUACUGAAUUUUUGGUGGAGUAGUAUGCCUCAAAGCCUAUUGAGUGCAGCGCUCAAGAAAUUACCAAUCCAGAACCAAUGGACAUUUAGAGUUGCACACUACCUUCCGUGGUUGCUAUAUUGGUGGUUGACGCAGAAAUGGUUUUCACCGUUUAGUCCGAAUCCCAGAGAAACUAUGACCGAGCGCGACAUAGAACUCGCGGACAAGCACACAAAACACUCUUAUAUUAAGGAAUCUGCUCUACGACAAGGCGAAUAUGUGAGCAAGCACCGAGACAUCAUUGCGUCUUUCGAGAAUUGGGAGUUUGAUCCAACAGAAUUGCUCAAUCCGUUUUCAGAUGGUAACGAAGGGUCGGUUCACAUGUGGUGUGCACUCGAAGACAAACAAAUUUUGCGUGAGGCUUUACUCUAUAUAUGUGAUAAGCUGCCAUGGAUAAAACUUCGUCAAGUCCCAGAAGCUGGACAUCUCAUUAUCCAUGAGAAGCAGCAUUUUGAAGAUAUUAUCAAAACCGCUUGUACUUGAGUGAAAAAAACCUCUACAGUUUCUCCUGAAUCAAUUAGACAAAAUAUCCAGUAUGUUUGAUAUGACAUAUAUAUUUUUAUCAAAUAAAAGUGAAUUGGUGCACUUCUAGUGAAUAUAUAUAUAUAUAUAUUUUUUUUGAACAUUGGAUAAUGAAUAUAUCAUACUACAUAAGUACUAACAAUCCGAGCCAAGAACAUUAAGCUUGUCCAACCGAAUUCAGCUAUUUAAACAACACAAAGUUUGCAAAAUGCUGGUGAAACCAAUCUGACAUAAAUCGACCACAAAUCAAUGAGAGGCCAAGAAAGUACUAAUAACAAAAGAUUUAUAUGUGAGCCAGAAGAAAUAUUAAUGUUGGCAAAAAAAAAAAAAAAAAUUAAAACCGACU